GCUCGAAUGAAUAUCACGGAGGACACGACGAAGGGCCGCAGCUCAAAUUUAACGACCCUCGACAAAAGCGCGCGAUGCUGCGUUCGGAUGUUGGCACUCGCAUUUCGCUGAUACGACAAUGACACCGUGACAAAGCCGCUGCGCAUCCGGCAGUACGACUAUGACGACUACGACGCCGACUCUCGGGCGUCACGAGGAGCCAUCGUCGCUACAGGUGUCGCAGCUGCGAGCUUUCGCAGCCAGGAGCGACGACGAGCCAAUCGAGCAAUGCGUUGGCCAUGACAGACUUCGAUUUGGGCGUGGCACCAGCUGCCGUGACGAGGCGGUUGAGUCAUCGCCCAACGCCAUCGAGAGGACCAAGUGACGUACGCGUGACAAGCAAUGCAGCAAGAUAAAGGACAAGUUGCCGUCGCUGUUACGGACACGGACGUGAUGUCAUUCUCAUUCGUCCAGUGCCUACGAGCGCGGUGCUGCAGCCGUGUCCGUACGACGGACGUCAACAUCUGUUGUGCCAUUCCGUCUUCGUACCGUGAUGGAGCAACCGCAAGACGACCGCGUCUCGGAGAAGGACGCGCUGUCGGCGUAUGCGCACCAGCUCCAGCGCCGCCUUGUGGUCUUGCGCGCGCGCCGAUCGAUGCUGCUCUCGUGGGCCGACGUUGCCCGCGCGCUCCAAGAAGAGAUGCUCGAGGCAGUUCGCGAUCACCGCUCUCUGCGCCAACAACUCGACGCCCACGCCCUCCUCGUGAGUGUCCUCAAGCGCUGGGUGUAUGCAACCGCGCCCGCACCGACACCGUCGCACCAACCGAGCUGGUCCGAAUCCUACUUGUUUAACGGACCCCAGAGCACCCGGCGCAUUGGUUACAAGUGGCUCGCCGACCAGCUCUACCAUUGCGUCGGCAAAGUUCUGAGCGACUCGAUAUCCCAACUGCCCUCGGCGCGCUACCAAGUGAGCUGCGAGAAAAGCCUAUUUCAAAUCCAAGGGGUGUGCACGCGUGUGCUCCAGUGCGACCUUGCGACCGCAUCGACUGCCUACUGGAUCGCCGAGCGGUCGUUUGCAUACUGCCAGCAGUCGCGAUCGUUCGUCCUCGACGACUGGAUACGAGAUGAGAAUGAUAUUGUCUACACCCGCGAGGACGUUGGACGCGACCACCAAGCGAUUUUGGGCCACAGCGUCUACGGCCGAUACCACGAACUACACCAGUCGGUCAUUGUCGUGCGCGCCCUUUUGCAUGACGAAAUGUACCCGCUGGAGCCUGACGAAUGGAGCGUCGACAGCAAACAAUGGAAUGUGCUCGAGCCGAUGGAGGGCGGCACUCGCGUCCGAAGCGUCUAUGUGAUGGGCCACCCCGCGACCGCCCGCGGCUUUGUGCGACUCCAAGACUUUGUGAAAUGGACCAACCUCCCAGCGUGCGAGAAGGCCGUGCUCGUCCAGCGGCUACAACACCGCUUCUUUACGCGGCAAAGCCACCUGCGAGCGAUCUUUGACGCGCAUUUGCAGAUCGUUUUGGACGCGGUGCACGCGCGCAACCGCCUCGAGCAGCAACUGCAGAGCUAAUUAACAGCGGUGGCAUGUGCGGAUUAUGCGAAUGUCAAUUGUGACGCAUCGCCGUCGUGUUGUGUG